ACCUAUGAAAAAAGACCUACGAAAGAAAAAACAACGACAAAAAAUCAGGCGACUCGCACGCACGAGCGAGGCCUCCAGAUCCCUUCGUCACCGCCCGACGCCGCCAGCCCCGUCCUCCUCCCUGGCUCUCGGCGGCGCACGCUCCCCAUCUCCUCCUGCGAUCCUGCCGUCGCCCCGCCCCACCUUCUCCCUCACUCCCGGCGCCACCCUGCCCCCACCUUCUCCCUCACCACUGGCGCCGCCCAACCCCCAACCUUCCUGGAUCCCGGCGCUGCCCCGCCCCCACCUCCUCCCUCGCUCCCGGCCGCCCAUGCCGCCUAUGCGCGCCCCUCCCUCAGCCCACCGGCGACCUCCCAUCCUCCACCGUCUACCCCACCGUCGGAUCUCCUCCUCCCCUCUCCUUCUCUCCCUCGCGGACGCGUCAAACCCACGAAAUUUCCCUCCUCGCGGCCGGAACCCUAGCUCGUGCAUGUGGGGACUGGGCUGGAGGUGCGGCACGGGAUUCGCACCGCAGGAUUCGCCAGCGACGAGUCCAACAGGUAGUCGAAUCGGGGAACGGGAUGGCGCACCCUGCUGCAGCCACCGGUCGGGACGAGCGCGGCGGCGACGAAUGUCGGUGCGCCUCCGUUUCCUCGGCCUCCAAGGACCCGGGCGCCGGAUUUGUUCUCGCCUGACCAGCCUCGGUAUCCAGCUCCCUACAGCCACCGCCGGCGUUGACUCCCAAGGCGAGGAUGACGAUGACGCCAAAGAUGACGAGGCCCCGAGCUCGAGCACGACCACUACGAUGCACUGCACAAAGGCCCCUGCUUCCUGCCUGCCCUUCCCUUUGCUUGGAAGAUAGCUCUCUCCAGAUGUUGUUCCUGUCCUUCUCCUUGGUUGUUGAGCGCUACAC